CAGAUGAACUUCGGCGAUGCUGCUGACGGGACUCACAGAACUCUCUCGCUGCGUCUGAAAGUGCGAGAAACUUCUUUAAAGCGGCCUCUGCUGUAUUAUAGCGAAACCCGAAGACGGUAAUGACGGGAGCUCGCGUGUGUGCGGUGAUCGCGCUCGUGAUGUGCGUGUCCGGCGCGUGUGAGGCGGGAUGCGCGGACAGACCGACGCCGAGAUGCUGUCCGGGACGGAAUAACGAGUGCGUGGAGAGGAGCGCGAGGAGGACCGUGUGUUACUGCGACACGUACUGCAGGAGGAGCGGCGACUGCUGCGACGAUUACCGGCCCGUGUGCCACAUAUCAGCAGCUAUAGACUGUGAGGUGCGGCAGUGGGGUCCCUGGUCUCCGUGUUCAUCCGUCUGUGGGGCGGGGACUACAGAGCGAAGCCGGCAGGUAGCCACGCCCCCACGCAACGGAGGCACGCCCUGUCCCGACCUCAAACAGCGCCGCGGGUGUCUCGCACACUCCGAGACCUGCAGUGCAGCUAAAGAAGUGGCCAAAAUCCUGCCUGACUCAUUCAGGCGGAACUUUAAGGACCCUUGGAGACGGCCGCACAUGCUUAUAAAGGAGGAGAAGAAGAGUUACUGCGUGCAGAUGCGUGUGAAGCAGGCGAGCGCUGCGUGUAAGGUGAAACCGUGGAGCGCCGGGUUGGUUCGCGAACGCUCCGUAUGCAUCGAGUGUCAAAGCGACGCCAUGACGACUGAUAACCGCUGCCGUGGCGACGGGCUGCAGAACAUUAGAACCUUCUGGUCCACUGCAUCAGCACCGGGUUGCUCUGGGUCGUGGGUUCGAGAGUCAUUUACUGAGGACUGCCGGUGUCCGUCUUACUCCAUGAUUUUCAUCUGAACCAAAACACAACUUUCAUUUCGAGGGACACGGAUGCUCCAAAUUAUUCCACAGGAGUCCUCCAACAUCUGAAACCAAAUUCUCUCCAUCGAAAGCUAAGCAUUCUGUCACCUUCCUGUGCAUCUGUGCCUCCACCAACCCAACACACAAGCCUGUUCUUCUGAAGCUCUGCUAUCUACCUCCAUAAUGCACCUGCACCCGUUUCUGAUGCCUUCGAUUAUAGAUUUCACUCUGUACUGUUUUUCUACUCUCAUCUGUCUUCUGAUUCAUACGUACUGUAUUUAUAUAUGUUUGAAUGUACUUCUGUGUGUCAGUUUGCACGUGUGUUUUUGAAUGCAAAACUCGUUAAUGCACGAGUCGCUGAAAGACAAGCUAAUGUACAUGAAUGUUUCUAUUUGGUAGUAUUUUAUUUUCAGGAGAAAAUCUCUUCUUUGAACAAUCUGUGCACAAUACUACAGUGCCUUAUGUGAACGCCACUUUCACACUUUGACCAAAGCCACUUUGACAUCAGCGUUUUCGUUUUGUUUGCACGGUCUGAAAGCUGUGUUUGAAACCGCACUCGAUUCCUCGUGAAAAUGAGAUACGGUUACUGUGUUUUCAGUUGGUAUAAGACCAAAGCAAAGCACCCUAAAUUGUGGUCGUAAACCGCAACUGAUGUCGUAUAAUUUGCCCGUGACAGUAUAAAUAAUUUCUCAUUGCUGCUCGUCUCUGCAGAAAUUGCCUUUCCAUAAAAUCCAAUUUAUUUUAUUAAAAUAAAUGUCCAAUUUAUUUAUUAUUACAGCAUCUCUGAC